AUGAGUUUGCUUGUUUUGAUCCUAUUUAUCCCAUUUUCAACUUCAAUUGAUCCGAAGGGUUAUCUAGUUUUCUGUCCAUGUAUGGGACGCUUCGGUAACCAAGUAGAUCAACUUCUAGGGGUAAUGCAGUUUACUAAAAACUUGGAUAGAACCUUGGUUCUUCCCAAUUUCAUCGAAUACCACGGUGCAACAACUAAGUUCAUACCUUUUGAGUAUAUGUUCCAACUGAAUAGGAUUAAGCAAUACCAGAAAGUUAUAACUAUGAGUGAUUUUCUCAAGAAUGUCGCUCCCGAGGUUUGGCCCAAGGAGAGUCGUAAAGCAUUGUGUUGGUCACCCAGAACUUCUUUGUUCACACCUGACAGUCAAAUUGGAUGUCAUGCGAAAGAGGGUAGCCCGUUCGGACCAUACUGGGAUAAACUGAAUAUCGAUUUUGUGGGAGAUGAAUACUAUGGUAAUAUCCCAGGAGCUUAUGAAAUGGAUGUUAAAGGGUCGCGUACUGAAUGGCUGAAUAGGUUCAACUCUUCGUUAUAUCCUGUGUUAGCUUUCUCUUCUGCACCAGCAUCUUUUCCUUCGAACCGUAGGGUUUGGGAGCUUCAAAAGUAUCUCCGAUGGGGCUCACGAGUAUUAGGCAUGGCUAAGCAAUAUGUUGCCGACCAUUUACAAAAACCUUUCAUUGGCGUACAUCUAAGGAAUGAGAGAGAUUGGGCUUCUGUUUGUGAGCACAUUGAUUCUACCAAAAACAACCCACUUUUUGCUUCCGCACAGUGCCUCGGCGAACGUCAUCACAUGGGGCAAAUAACAAAGAGUAUAUGUUCACCGUCGACAGAAGUAGUUUUGAAUGCAAUCACAGAUGCUGUUGGUAGUAUAGGAGCUAAAUCUGUGUUUGUUGCAAGUGAUAAAGAUCAUAUGCUCGACGAUAUAAACCAGGCUUUGAAAGCAUACGAAGUGAAAGCUUAUAAGUUGCCAAGCGAUGAUCCCUAUGUCAGUCUGGCCGUACUUGCUCUAUCAGACCAUUUCAUUGGCAAUUGCGUAUCAACUUUCUCUCAUAUUGUUAAAAGAGAGAGGGAUACUUCCGCGAACUUGCGGCCUUCCUCAUACUUUGGGUUCUCCCCACCGAAAAGAAAAAUAGAACUUUGA